AUGUCCGACAUAGAAACUGAUGAGAGGGUAACGUUGCUACUCGUGGGUGACGCUGAAUGUGGAAAAUCUACCUUCUUGUCACGUCUCAAGAGUGGCAAGCGGCCUGCGCCAUCACAAACCGGGGCGGCAACAGAUACUAGCCUCCCCGAGACUUUACGCGAUAGUGACCAGCCGUUUAUCUAUGAUAUUCGCUUUGCAAAGAAGAAAUUCACUCUAGAGCUCUAUGACACUGCGAGUCCUAACCAGCACUGGACGUCCCUUCAGCCAGACGUGGUCGUCGUAGCAUUUGAUAUCUCCAACCGCAAUACACUAGGUGGGCUUAAAGCGUGGCGAGAUGAAAUAACGCGACAUUUUCAACAUGGUCAUGGUGAGCGCAUCCCCGUGAUGUUGCUGGGAUUGAAACGAGAUCUGCGGACCGAAGGGGAGGGUAUCAUCUACCCGCAAGAGGCAUAUCGAAUUGCUCAGGAGCUCCGCUGCGAUAGAUAUGCCGAGUGUUCGGCUGUGACAGGCGAGCUCCUUGCUGAAACAUUUGAAGAUCUGGCCCGGAUGGCCGGGAUGGCAACCACAACAAAAGGUGGCCAAACUGAUGGGGGUUGUAGUAUUCUUUGA